AUGGCGUCGUCUACGGCGCCGUCGUCGGGCGCCGAUCACGGUGGAAGCUACGUUUCCGUGUGGCUGCGUCCGCCCGAGCAACAGGCCGCUUCCAAGAGCGCGGCCGGCCGUGUCCAAGCUCGCUGGGCCCUGCCCGCGACCGUCGGCGUAGUCGGUCUACUGACCCUCCUGCCCGGCCUGGUCUCUUGCCUGCUCUCGGCCUGUUUGCCGCUGUGGGCCAUGCUCUCUGCCCACUACUGGUUCUGCCUAGUGACCCGGCGGACCUUCAAGGCUUCUGACGGCUUCGUGGUCGCGCUGGCCGGCAUCGUCGGCGACCUCUCGGCGGGCGGCUUCGCCGCCGGCCUUCCGAACCCCGUCGGACCCCUGACAUCCACCGUGGUCUGGGCUGUGGUGUGUUUGUGUGCCUGCAGCGUUGCGGCGCCGCGCGCCGUCCACGUCUUGCCAUCGCUGGCGGGUCUGAGGCUCGUGUCCCUGGUCGCGUUCGCCGGGCUCCUCCGGCCCGCUUGGGUCCGCGCGACCGUCGGUCAUCUGUGCGGUGUCGUGGGCCUGCUUGCGGCCAAGUUUACCGAGUCCGAAGUGCGCGGAUCCCAUGUGUCCGCGUUGGUGUCGCCAGACGGGAGACUGCUGGCCGUGCGACGUCGCCGAACCGGGAGUUCGCCCGCGCUCCACGGUCUCGUGAAGGGUCGUCGCACGUCGCUGCCCGUGCUUGGAGGACAGCGCCAGUACUACGGGCCAGGGUAUCAGGGCUCUAGCUCCACGGUGGACGUGGCUCUGCUGGCCGAAGCCCACGGUCUGGUCACCGACAUGCUGCUCGACCCGAGUCUGCCGCCGCACGUGGUGAGCGGCCUGCGGGCGCUGGCGGCGCUGCUAUCGCCGCCGAGCCACGGGCCGCCGCAACCGAGGCCCCGGCCAGGGGGCGCCUCGGUAUCGCUGGCGGACUUCAACUGCGGCUCGGACACCGAGGAGAUCCCCUACACCGGAGAAAGACCGUCGGCACUGCCCAAGCGUCUGCGCCGCAAUCUUCCUCCGAGCCUACUCCGGCGGAUGUCCACGAGCACCUGGACGACGACCACGUCUGCCACGGGCAUGCCCACGCUGGAGCCAGAGCCCAGCCGCAAGAGGAGCACUAGUUUCAGGCACGGGGGCGCUGCCGCAACCGCCGCCGGCGACGCAGCCGGACAGCACCCGCACGGCCUGCUCGCCAAUCAUGCGGCUGCCUCGGGUUCUGGCCGGUCCUGCUCCACGUCGGGCUCUUCCGGGGUGGCGGUGCUGCAGCCGAAGGGGCGGUCCUUCUCGACGACGGCGAUCCCGUCGUCGGCGCUGUGCCGUCGCGGCGUGCGCGAGCGCAAGACCGUCUGCAGCCUUCACCCGCUCACGCUGGGAGCCCAGGCCGCCGACGAUCGGGACGACGAGGACCCGGCCCCGCUGCUGCCCCCGCCGCUGCCCUCGCUCCGGCGCCUGCACACCUCCGACUACGACUCGAGCAACGACUCGCCCAGCGGCUCGGAGACCAACGACCCCGCCGCGGCAACCGCCACGCAGCAGGGUAACCACCGGUCGCCGCAGUCAACAGCGGUGGCGGUUGCGGCGGCGGCGGCGGCAACGGCGGGUCCGGGACCCGCGCGCUGUGGACUCUGUGGGGCCCGGGUGGGCGCGACGCUAGCGGCAAGGCCCCGGGAGAAACGCCACGAGGACCCCAGCGGUGCAAGGGAAGCGACGACGCAGGAGGACGCGGGUUCGGGAAACGAAGGAGACGGCGAUCAGGAGAGUCUGGGUCGCCUGUACGUGGGCGAGACCCUCUUCCUCACGGAGGACAUUGUGAGGGACCCUCUGUUGGGGCGCAUCGCGGAGUGGGACUACCCCAUCUUCGAUCUCAACAGGCUAAGUCCCGAGACGAUACUCAGCAAGAUGUGUUAUCGGGUUUUCAUAGAAGUGGGCCUGUUUGAAGCAUUCAAAAUUCCUGAGCUCGAGUUUCUCCACUACUUCCAUGCACUCGAGAGUGGUUACAGAGAAAAGCCAUAUCACAAUCGAAUGCACGCCGCGGACGUCCUCCACGGAGUUUUCUACCUGACUUCUCAGCCCAUACCGGGAUUCACGCAAGCGGUACCGGACACCACGGACUCUCCGCUACACAAGACUGCCGGGAAUUUUCUCGCAGAGGAGACGUAUGGAAUCAUGGGUGCCAACUUCCCAGCACUAGAGUUGAUGGCGCUCUACACGGCGGCAGCGAUGCACGACUACGACCACCCGGGCAGAACAAACGCAUUUCUGGUCUCGACAUAUGCACCACAGGCUGUGCUGUACAAUGACCGAUCGGUGCUGGAGAACUACCAUGCGGCAUCAGCGUGGACGCUGUUCCUCUCAGAGCCCAGGUUCAACUUCCUGAUGCACUUGGACAAGGCCGAGUUCAAGCGUUUCCGCUUUCUCGUCAUUGAGUGCAUUCUCGCCACCGAUCUCAAGAGGCAUUUCGAGAUUCUUGCCGAGUUCAACGCCAAGGCGAACGACGGAGAUGCCCCAGGGAUCGACUGGACCAACGAGACAGACCGUCUGCUCGUCAUGGAGAUGGCCAUUAAGCUGGCAGACAUCAAUGGGCCCUGCAAGAGGCACGACAUCCACGUCCAGUGGACCUACCGGAUAGCCGAGGAGUUCUACGAGCAGGGUGACGAGGAAGCGACAUUAGGGAUGCAGGUGUCCCCGUUCAUGGACCGGUGCAACCCGCAGCUAGCCAAACUCCAGGAGUCCUUCAUCAACCACCUUGUGGCGCCACUGUGCAACGCCUACGGGGAGGCGGGGCUUCUGCCAGGACACUGGGUCGAGGCCUCGGACAGCGAGGAUGAAGGUGUUCCAGACAAGAUGGAGUCUCAAACAGGCAGAGACACAGAAGACGACACAGAAGGCGAAACAUCUGCAAGCGAUGGUGGGGGUAUGCGCUUCUACAGUUUGAAGGCAAUAGCAUGGUGUGGUCGACCGUGGAAGAGGCCCAGUCAGCAGCUUCAGCCACGGAAGGUGAGCUGCCUCCAGACCAAGCACCUCCAGGACAACUACGAGCACUGGGUGAACAUCCUGAAGGAAGAGAACCGCCUCAAGGAGGCGGCCCAGCAGCAGGGGGCCACGUCGCCCAGGACGGCCGCCGUGGACGACGACGGACCCGACGACGCCGAGGACUCCGACGGCGCCGACGAGGACGACGACGACGACGACGACGAAGACGACGACGACGACAUCGUGGUCGCCGGCGGCGCCGACGACGCCCCGGGGUCCCCGCUGCAGGAGGAGAUGGAGACCAUCCAGGAGGUCGAGGAAGGGGGCGCUGCCGUCGCAGGGGGAGGAGGCACAGGCUCAACCAAGACGUCGCCAUGCUCAGGAAGCUGCUAGCAGUGCUGCGAGGACGCAGGGCGGUGCGAAGACGCUUGCUGCCGUCGACGACGCUGUUGUUUCUGGUGC